GGCAGCGCCAGCCGUGGAAGUAAUCCGAUACGUUGACGAUCAGCAGCAGCAGCUUCGUUACUAUCAGCUAUGAGGGGGGAAGGUAUGGAGACUUCGCUUCAAGGGGGCCUGCGGGGAUCCCCUUUUGACUUGCGGGAUGAGGAGGAAGUGUCCGCGUUCUCUACUGCGAUGACCUAUAAACAGCAGUUGGAGGAGAUGCUCGCAGCGUUGUGUCAAGUGAAUGGAGAUUUGCCACACGAUGUUCUGCUGGAGGGAGAGGAAACCUACGACGGCUGGGAUGAUGAGCUUUACGAGCUGAUCUCUUUGCAACAGCGGGAUGCGAUUGACAGAGCGCGGGCGAUCGCCGUUUUCUACGACUGCGUGGAGAUGCUGCAGCAGGUCAAAGACAUGCUUGCUGGCCUUCUAGCGAGGAGACAUGCAGGGGGUUUGCCAGGUAGUGAGACACGGACAGCAUCGACAGCAUCAAGAUCAUUGAUAACAUCAUCAAUAUCACUGAUAUUAGCGGCACUGCCAUCGACCGCAGUGACUGCAUCAUUAACAGCGUCUACAACAACAGUAUCAUCAAAAGUAACAACAGCAUCAGCAAUAGCUACACAGUUAGAGUCCACAACGGCUAUGCUGUUAAGUACAACAUCUAUGGAGGUGGCGUCAUCGAAUGAUCCUGGUUGUGUUUGGCAACGUGAGAUGUUUGCGCAGGGUCAUGCUCUACGGGGCUUGGAAGAGGGGCAGCCCCUUUACGUGGAGUUCGUGGAUCUGAAGUUGGGCGGCCGCGAGACCUUUGAGGAGGGACAAGGGUUUGGCGGUUUUCAUAAAAACGAUGACGAAGAUUUCGGGAAUGGCUUCUGGGCCAGCAGCUUCAUCGUUGGAGAUGCAGCCAGGAACGACGACGCUCUCCAAGACAAGAAUAACAACAAGUGUGAUGCAGCGUGUAUCGAUCUGAUCAGUAGCAACAACCAAAUUGCCGCCGAUAUUCGGGGACCAGUGCGUGUGAUUGGCUUGGCUUUCAUUCUGCCUCCCUUCGGGCCUGUUGUGGGGUUUGAUUGGGGUUGGGGGCGAGAGGGGUGGGGGAUCGUACUGUUUUGCGAACAGGAAGGCCAAACGAGGAGGUGGGAAGCGGGAGGGAGGCGUGAAGGGGUGGGAUAGGGACAGGUUUCAUGGCUUUACCCUUC